GAGAAGAAAGAGAGACAUGGGAUAACCGCGCCCAAUUUCUCUUGUCGCUGAUUGGCUACGCUGUUGGCCUUGGCAACGUGUGGAGGUUUCCUUACUUGACUCAGAAAAAUGGAGGGGGAGCCUUCCUAAUCCCAUAUGCCCUGAUGCUGGCCAUCGAGGGCAUCCCUCUUUUCUUCUUGGAGCUAGCAGUAGGACAGCGGCUGAGAAAAGGCGCCAUCGGAGCAUGGAAUCAGGUAUCUCCGUUUCUGUCGGGAGUUGGUAUCUGCUCCGCCAUUGUGUCUUUCUACCUGUCUCUCUACUACAAUACAAUCAUGAGCUGGUGUAUAGUCUACCUGUUUCAGUCGUUUCAGAGUCCCCUCCCUUGGUCGUCGUGCCCGCAUCAUUUCGGCGAAAACGGCAGUUUUGUGGCAGUGCCAGAAUGUGAGAGAAGCAGCCCACCCAGCUACUUCUGGUACCGCUCCACCCUCAACACAGCUCCCACGGUGGAGUCGAUCCCCGAGUUCAACUGGAAGAUCGCUGUGGGACUGGUGGCGGCAUGGUUGCUGGUCUUUCUCUGCAUUCUCAAGGGCAUCAAAACCACUGGCAAGGUGGUUUACGUGACAGCAACCUUUCCCUACCUGGUUCUGGUGAUAUUUUUCUUUCGUGGAAUUACCUUGGAAGGAUUCGACAAGGGGCUAGCACUUCUAUUCAUUCCCGAGUGGCACCGUCUCUGGGACCCCGCAGUGUGGCUGGACGCGGCAACUCAGAUCUUCUACUCCUUCGGCCUGGCUUUCGGCAGCCUCAUAGCCCUAGCUUCCUACAACCCGGUGAGGGGUGACUUCCUCAGAGACACUCUUUUGGUCACCAUCUGUGACUUCUUCACUUCGAUCUUCACAGCUGUUGUCGUGUUUUGUAUAUUGGGUUUCCGAGCAACUAUGCAGUAUAAAGCUUGCCUUGAGCAGAACCGAUCACACAACACUGGGUCAAGUCUGCAGGCGGACAACCAUACGUGCAACUUCCAGGAAAUCAUUGAGAAGUCAGGAUCCGGUACUGGACUGGCCUUCAUUACCUUCACAGAAGCCAUCAACCAGUUCCCACUGGCGCCACUAUGGGCAGUGCUCUUCUUUCUCAUGCUGCUGACCCUUGGGCUGGACUCCAUGUUUGGGACUCUAGAAGGGGCCAUCACUUCCCUCAACGAUCUGAUGUUUUUUCCCAGAAUCAGGAAGGAGGUCGUCUGCGGCAUCGUCUGUUUGGGCUGUCUGAUACUGUCAAUGUGUUUCGCAACAUCGACUGGGCCCUAUGUGUUCGCCUUGUUCGACUCGUUUUGCGCCAAUAUUCCCUUGUUGAUCGUCGGAUUCAUGGAGUGUGUGGCCAUAUCUUACAUCUACGGCCUCAAGCAAAUCAGCGACGACAUUGAGUUGAUGUUGGGCAAACGGCCGUCCUAUUUCUGGCUGAUCUGUUGGCGGUAUCUGAUGCCUGUCGCUGUUGGGGUCAUCUUUCUUUCCAGCGUCUUUGAGAUCAUUACACAGGGCAUUGUCUACGAGGCCUGGGACCCAGAGAAGGGCGUCAACGUGCUCCUACCCUGGCCCUGGUGGUGUAAGAUCUUGGCUGUUGUCCUGAUUGUGACCUCGGUUGCCUGGAUACCCGGAAUGGCCGUCGCUCGCUGUCUGGGAUUUACCGCUCUCAAGGAGGAGGAGCCGGCUUUCUUCCCUACGGAGGAGCUGAGAGAUGAGCACGGAAUCACUCCUCAUAAAACUACUCGGUUUGAGAGGGUGGUUCUAGGGUUUCGAGAGUAG